AUGGCAGAUUCUAGCUCUAUCCCAGAAAAGUACCUGGCCGAUGACUGGGAGAACAUCUAUAAUCGCCCCAGUCAGUCCUGCGACGGUCGUUGUUGCUGCUACAUAUGCGGCUACAAGUUCUUUGCGCAUUUUUCUGCCGGCUAUUACCCGCUUUUCGAUUGCCGAUAUGUUGCCUCAGGAGGAUGGUGCAGAAUUGAGGAUAUACCAAGCAUUGCCGACAAUGCUAUUCGAGAGCACUUUGGGAUACGUAAUAAGGGCUGGAUGAACCAACCGCCGUUAUUUCAAUCUCCUUCAUCAUCCGGUGUCUUCUGCGGCCAGACCUUGACUUACAUCAACGAGAGGCAUUGUGAAGUAUUGAAAACGGUCGGUCUUCUAAGGGAAGCUCAACACCAGGUUUCAAACUACUGUGACAAGUUCAACCGAGAAUACAAGGUCCAGUUGUGUCCGCUUUCCCUCAUUCACGGGGAACAGGCAACCUGUCUAGAGCAAUAUUUCUAUGCAAUCUUGAAUGUGACAGAUGUCCAGUUGCCAUCGGAUGCUUUUGCAGAGAAUGGUACUGCAUUGCCUGAGCCAGGUACGCAAGUGACCAUAACACCAAAGGUUCACGGUAGCAAAACACGGGAAACUUGGACAGGAGUCGUGGUAAAAUCUCCCAACUUCCCUUCCGGCACUGUUGCCCAGCCACCAAAGGCUGUGGUCAUUCGAAUACGGGUCAAUGCUAGCGCAGUCAACUGGGAAUGUGCUGGAAUUGUCCGGGUUCUAUAA